ACCCCCAAAGAUGGAUGAGGAUGAGGAGGAAGAUGAAGAACAACAGUAGGACGACCCCAGUGUUCAUCGAUGCCCAUGCCUAUCACUAGCUCAUCAUUCUUGUCUUCUCUCGGCUGUGACUUGACUCUUUCACCCCGACACAACUGUGAAUCUUCCGUUCCUAUGCUUAUUUUCUUUGCUGUUCAGUUUUACAGGGAUCUUGAUUUUGUCUUUCUAUGGCUGAAUGUAAUUUUAUUAUUAUUAUUAUUAUUAUUUUGUAAUUCUCUAUUAUUGCCUUUACUUCUUAUUAUCGUUAUUUGAUGUUUUUUCUUCCACUUUAAAAAACUAACAACCCAAAUCAUGUAACAGUGAUGUAUAUAUAGCAUUUAAGGGAUGUUUGAAUUUGGGAGCCUUUUUGUUAUUGAAAUUUUAAGGUCUGGUCUUUUCCAUUUAUGUGAAAGAAAGUUUACAGACUCCAGCUUCCCCUGUUCUGUUAUUCUUUACUUUGUAUUAAGUUUUCACAUUUCCAUAUCAUAGUUACCUUUAUUUCAUCUGAAUAUAAAUUUUAUGCCAUAAACUUGA